AUGCUUGUCUUGAAUGUCUUCUUCCUCAUCAUUGUUGGUCCGGCCAUAUCGGCGCCAGUAGCCCGCUUGCGGGACGAGGCAAGACUGGUUACAGCAGGCACACCUCCAACACCUCCAAAAGGGAUGACCGGAAAGGUCCCGGCCGUAGCUGUAACGCCAAACCCGCAGCAGGAGCAGGAGCCGAAUAUCCCCGAAGCCCCCGAGGCCCCUGAAGCUCCUGAUACCUUCGAUGCUCCUUAUACCAUCGAUCCUCUGCCAUAUCAUAACCCUACCCCCGAAGUCGCGAACUAUCCCAACGCUGCGAACUAUCCCGACGCUGCGAACUAUCCCGACGCCGCAAAUCAUCCCGAUGCUGCCAACUAUCCCGUUGCUGCCAGCUACCCCGAUACUGCUAGCUACCCUGGCUCAAAGGCUGAAGUCGAUCCACCACCGCUGAGACGACGACGAGUUCUUCCCCUGGCUCCACGAAGAGACCCGAAACAACACGCCGCCAACGUGGAGGCGAUCAACGACCGGAAGGCCUUCCACGCAUCUCGCGUUGAGAAGUGGAACUACACUUGGGGCCAUUAUCCAGUCACUAGGCAGAUGGGGCAGCCUGUACAGCCAGGCACGCCGGGUACGGGAGGUGGCCACCAUAUCAAGUCUUGCCCGGCAAAUAAGGACUAUUCCAAGUGUAUCACUCAUUGA